UCUCCUUUUCUUCAGGGUAUUCUAGAGCGCUUGGAUGCUGGAGAGAUUGUGAUUGGAGAUGGGGGAUUUGUCUUUGCCCUUGAAAAGAGGGGAUACGUGAAAGCUGGACCUUGGACUCCCGAAGCAACAGUAGAACACCCAGAAGCAGUUCGUCAGCUUCACAGGGAAUUCCUCAGGGCUGGAUCCAAUGUUCUUCAAACAUUCACCUUUUAUGCCAGUGAGGACAAACUGGAGAACAGAGGCAACUAUGUAGCUGAGAAAAUAACUUGCCAGAAAGUGAAUGAAGCUGCUUGUGACAUUGCCAGAGAAGUGGCCAGUGAAGGCGAUGCUGUAGUAGCUGGAGGAGUUAGUCAGACACCAUCAUACUUAAGCUGCAAGGACAAAACAGAGGUUAAAGCAGUCUUUCGAAAGCAGCUUGAUAUCUUCAUGCAGAAGAAUGUGGACUUCCUCAUUGCAGAGUAUUUUGAACAUGUUGAAGAAGCUGUCUGGGCAGUUGAAGUCCUAAAAGAGUCUGGCAAGCCAGUUGCAGCUACAAUGUGCAUUGGUCCAGAAGGAGACAUGCAUGGUGUGCCUCCUGGACAGUGUGCUGUCCAACUGGUGAAGGCUGGUGCUUCUAUUGUUGGAGUUAACUGCCAUUUUGACCCAGAUACUGCACUGGAAACUGUGAAACUGAUGAAAGAGGGCUUGCAAGCUGCUAAGCUGAAAGCUCACCUGAUGUCUCAACCACUUGCUUUCCAUACACCUGACUGUGGGAAGCAGGGGUUUAUUGAUCUUCCUGAAUUUCCCUUUGGUUUGGAACCAAGAAUCAUCACUAGAUGGGAUGUUCAAAAAUAUGCAAGAAAGGCUUAUGACUUAGGAAUCCGCUAUAUUGGAGGCUGCUGUGGAUUUGAGCCAUACCACAUCCGAGCAAUAGCUGAAGAGCUGGCUCCUGAAAGAGGAUUUUUGCCAGAAGCUUCUGAGAAACAUGGUAGCUGGGGCAAUAGCCUGAGCAUGCAUACUAAACCCUGGGUCAGAGCAAGAGCAAGAAAAGAAUACUGGGAGAACCUGAAGCCUGCUUCAGGCAGGCCAUAUUGUCCUUCAAUGUCAAAGCCAGAUGGCUGGGGAGUGACCAAAGGAGCCAGGGAGCUGAUGCAGCAGAAAGAAGCAACAACUGAACAGCAGCUGAAGGAGCUUUUCCAGAAACAGAAAUUCUAAUCAGCUGCAAUUGUCUGAAUGUUAGGAUGUUAGAACAUCUCAUCCUUUGAGAGAAAACUUGUGAAGAUUAAUGCCCUAUUAAUUUGUUCAAUUAACGUGUAAUGAAAGAGGCAAAGAAAAUGUGAUUACAAAUGAAAUAUGAGAAGCAUUGAUAAUAAAAUCUUUCCCAAAUAGUUUGGGAAGAGGUUUGGAUUCUUAUAAUUGAUCUUCUGUUAGUUAGCUAGAUGCCAUUUACUAGGUAGACACAGAUCACAUGGAAGUAGUAUAAGUAAUACUAGGCUCAACUGACCUGUGCAUAGACCAGAAAACAUCUAUAAACACUAUGUUAGUACUCUUGAGUCUGUUAAUACUCUUGAGUCUGCUUUAGUUUAGAAAUCUGUGAGAGCAGCUCAGACCUCAGGACUUGUUGAGGGCCAGCUUCAGGCAUGAACAAUCUGCCAGUGCUUCAGGCUCAGUUAAUUAUAGUAAAUUCAUGUACUUCAAGAGCGUAGAAGUAAACUGGAAAUUCCAGUGUGACACCAGUCACAUACACCCGAUUUGCUGCUUGGAAGAUUGAGAAGCUUAAGAGAUUAUUGUGAUAGAUAGAAAAUACUGAAUAAAUUAAAAAUAUCACGGAA